UCUCCCUCAGGAGCUGACGUUCCCUCUGAUCCCAACAUGGUUGCGGCCUCUACCUGGAAUGCCUCCAGUGGACCUCAGAAAGAGCCAUUCCUCCAGCUGGAAGCUCCCAUGAACAACAUCACCACGUCGCUUGGCCAGACGGCCGAGCUGCACUGCCACGUGUCAGGCUUCCCGCCGCCCACCGUGCGCUGGCUGAAGAAUGACGCGCCGGUGGUCCAGGAGCCCCGCCGAGUCUCCUACCGGCCUACCACCUACGGCUCGCGCCUGCGCAUACGCAACCUGGACACCACCGACACCGGCUACUUCCAGUGUGUCGCCACCAACGCCGCUGGCACCGUCUCCACCACCGGCAUUCUCUUUGUCAAGUUCGAUCCGCUCCCCACUCCACUGCCUGGAAGGCCUUCACCGGAGGACUUCGAUGAGGAGGGCUUCUGCCAGCCCUACAGAGGCAUCGCCUGCGCACGCUUCAUUGGGAACCGAAGCAUCUUCGUGGACUCACUGCAAAUGCAGGGCGAGAUUGAAACCCAGAUCACAGCUGCAUUCACCAUGAUCGGGACGUCCAACCACCUGUCGGAUCGCUGCUCGGAGUUCGCCAUCCCGUCGCUGUGCCACUUUGCCUUCCCCACGUGCGACCGCAGCUCGGGCAUGGACAAGCCGCGCGACCUGUGCAAGGACGAGUGCGAGAUCCUGGAGAAUGACCUGUGCAAGACGGAGUACAUCAUCGCCCGCUCCAACCCCAUCAUCCUCAAGCGCCUCAAGCUGCCUAACUGCGAUGACCUGGCCAACGCCGACAGCCCCGAGGCCGCCAACUGCAUGAGGAUCGGCAUCCCCAUGGCCGAGUCCAUCAACAAGAACCACAAGUGCUACAACAGCAGCGGCGCAGAGUACCGAGGCACGGCGAGCGUGACCAGGUCGGGGCGCCAGUGCCAGCCGUGGAACUCGCAGUACCCGCACAGCCACACCUACCUGGCCGUGCGCUACCAGGAGCUCAACGGCGGCCACUCCUACUGCCGCAACCCGGGCAACAAGCAUGAGGCGCCCUGGUGCUUCACGCUGGACGAGAGCGUGCGCAUGGAGCUCUGCGACAUCCCCAUGUGCGAUCCAAAAGAGAAGCGCAGCGGCAGCAGCAUGGAGAUCCUCUACAUCCUGGUCCCGAGCGUGGCCAUCCCGCUGGCCAUCGCCCUGCUCUUCCUCUUCAUCUGCGUGUGCCGCAACAACCAGAAAGCCUCCCGGCCCCCGGCACCCCGCCAACCCAAACCAGUCAGAGGACAGAACGUGGAAAUGUCCAUGCUCACAGCUUACAAAACUAAGAGUAAAGCGAAGGAGCUGCCCCUCUCGGCCGUGCGCUUCAUGGAGGAGCUGGGCGAGUGCGGCUUCGGCAAGGUGUACAAGGGCCACCUGUACCUGCCGGGCAUGGAGCAUGCGCAGCUGGUGGCCAUCAAGACGCUGAAAGACUUCUCGGGCGCGGGGCAGUGGGCCGACUGGCAGGCGGAGGCGGCGCGCAUGGCCGAGCUGCAGCACCCCAACGUGGCGUGUCUGCUGGGCGUGGUCAGCCAGGAGCAGCCCGUCUGCAUGCUCUUCGAGUUCCUGCCGCAGGGCGACCUGCACGAGUUCCUGGUCAUGCGCUCGCCGCACUCGGACGUGGGCUGCAGCUCGGACGAGGACGGCGGCGGCACGGUGCGCUCCAGCCUGGACCACGGAGACUUCCUGCACCUGGCCACGCAGGUGGCGGCCGGCAUGGAGUACCUGGCGGCGCACUUCGUGGUGCACAAGGACCUGGCGGCGCGCAACGUGCUGGUGGGCGAGCAGCUGCACGUGAAGAUCUCGGACCUGGGCCUGUCGCGUGAGCUCUACACCUCCGACUACUACCGCGUCCAGCCCAACGCGCUGCUGCCCAUCCGCUGGAUGCCGCCGGAGGCCAUCGCCUACGGCAAGUUCAGCAGCGACUCGGACAUCUGGUCGUUCGGCGUGCUGCUCUGGGAGGUCUUCAGCUUCGGCCUGCAGCCCUACUACGGCUGCAGCAACCAGGAGGUGAUCGAGAUGGUGCGCAAGCGGCAGCUGCUGCCCUGCCCCGAGGACUGCCCGCCGCGCGUCUAUACGCUCAUGACCGAAUGCUGGCACGAGGGUCCGGCACGCCGCCCACGCUUCAAAGACCUGCACGGCCGCCUGCGCGCCUGGGAGGGCCUGUCGUCGCACGCCAGCUCCAGCACGCCGUCGGGCGGCAACGCCACCACACAGACCACCUCGCUGAGCGCCAGCCCGGUCAGCAACCUGUCCGGCCCCACGCGCUACGCCGGCUACAUCUACCAGGCGGCGGCCGCCGCACAGGGCCUGGCACCGGGCCAGAUCGCCGGCUUCAUGGCGGCGCCGAUGGCCCAGGGGCAGCGCUUCAUCCCGGUGAACGGCUACCCCAUUCCACCGGGCUACGCCGCCUUCCCUGCCGCCCACUUCGCCGCCGCCGGUCAUCCGGCCCAGGCCGUGACGUCCCGCGUGGUCCAGCACUGCCCGCCGCCCAAGAGCCGCUCGCCCAGCAGCGCCAGCGGCUCCACCAGCACGGGCCACGUGACCAGCGUGCCCUCCACGGGCUCCAACCACGACGCCAGCACGCCGCUGCUCUCCCACUGCGUCACGCUGGCACCCAUGGGCCCCAUGCCCGGGGGCGGCCCCAUGCCCAUGUACGGACACAUGGCCCAGAAGCAGGUGCAGAUGGACCCUUCCCAGGCAGCGCUGCUGGCCGAAUCCAACAGACUCAUGUACAGCGAGUCCGUCAUCCAUGCAGACCUUUCAGUGUCAUCUCCUCUUUGCUACAGCAGGAGCUUAAAGCCUUCCUGGUGUUGAGCGAUGGACUUCAAAGCGCCGUGGGUGAGCUUCUGGCAGCCACACCGCCCCGGCCAUAAGGGCCCGCCCCUCCGGGUGAGAGAGGAAGGACGCUCGUAAUGAAAGCUCAGCGAAAGGGCCGUGUGGGAAUGUUCAUGGACAAGCACUAUUCAAUAUUACUGCCGCACCCUCUGCUGAGUUCUGAGGGCUGUAUCUGGUGCACACACACACACACACACACACACACACACACACACACACAGAGCCCUAUGGCUCCAUAUAAACUCCACACACAGAACACACAGUCACCACAGUGCCUAUGGAUGUGAGCUUGAGAGGGAGAGAAUGAGCAGGCCAAGCACACAGGUGUUUAAUAAGACUAGUCAGCUCAGCCAGGACUACAGCAGACACACACCGCCCGACUAAACAGACUCCCACCUCCGUCACCAGCCCACCUGCAGUGCACACAUAUACACUCUCUACAGAGUCUCACUGAGGGACAGGACCUUCACAUGAGCGCACUGUAUAUAGAAGAACUGGGACUCGACAUGAGACCUCAGUCAUCCUCCAAAUGAAUCAGCUGUAGAUAUUUUCAGGCUUUUGAGAAAUGACCUGCAAGGACUGCACACAGAACUUCAUACACAGUACAGGAAUGGACCGGAAAGGUCAUUUAUUUAAGCUAAGCACUCACAUUGACCAGAAUUAAGCAGCUAAAAGUCACUAUUUGAAUGUGUUUUGUUGCUAUGCAACUGUUUAGUACAAAUACACCCCUUGCCAUGAGUAAAAGACAAUCAUUCACCUUUUCAGGGUACUUAGUGAAUUUAAUGAUGUUACAGUCGAUUCUGUUCAGUCUAACCACAUUUCCGAGAGUUAGGAUGAGAUCAAGGUUGUGACGAGUCCCCUAAGUUCCUUUUUUGCAUUUUACACCUUCACUUCAACCUUUUAUUUUUAUAACUACAAUGUUACCUACCUAGGUAUCUGAAGUUUUAUACAGAUAUCAUCUGUUAUUUACAUGUAAAUGGUGUAUAUCCCAGUUCAAAAACCACUUAAAAACAGAGACUGUGAAUCUUGGUACUGGAGAUUUUUCAGUGUGCUGAUUUACCUGAGGUGCCUUUUUAUGUAGAGGAGCAGACCUUUGAAGAAUGAGCUGCCUUUUCAGCCGGCUCUAUAUGAAAAGGUUUACAGUCACGUUUAUUGACCAAGAGGCCUUGUUUGUUUUGUCCGUUUGUUUUUUGGUACUUGUGAGAGGAUAUUUGCACAAAUGUUUUGUAUUGCAAAAUCAUAAUUAAAUUUCAUUGUUUGUCAUA